GGGCCCGGACAGAAGAUGGUGCAGAAGAAAACAGCCGAACUUCAGGGCUUCCACCGUUCGUUCAAGGUGAGGGCCGGGAUCGGUUUGGAGGGCGCCCAGGGCUGGAGUACCCGAGUGGCCUGUGGGAGAGGGCGCCGAACCAGCCUCCAGGAUCAGCCCGGGGCCUGGGGCAGUCCCAGCCAGGUGUGUGCUGAUGGGAUCGUCAGUAGGCCGAAGACCUUUCCCCAGCUGUGGCGCUGGGGUCCUUCGUCCCGGAACCUCAAGUGGGGUGGGAUGUCUCUGCCUCUGGUUGCGUGUUUCCUGCAAGCCCCCUUCAGCUGUGGAGAGCUUGGGGUCAGCAGGCCGCAGUUCUGUCCCAAGCUUAGCAUGUAGCCCUUAGGGUAUCUUCUUCAUAAUACUAGACACAGCGGGUGUCCCCUGUAAUCCCAGUUGGUUGUCCACUGGAGCAAAGUGUUCAGCAGGCCACAGCCCUGUCACCACCGGGUGUGGCUUGUGGGGAUCUUCCUCAAGAUAUCCUGGGCCAGGUUGUGUGUCCCUUACAUCCACCCCCAGGUGGCCUGUGAGGUAGGGGGUGGUCGGGGGACACUCAGACCCAAGUGCUGUUUCAUGUCAGAGCGGGAAGUUUCUAUGGCAGUCUGGUAGUGGCUGCUGCCCAGUCCUAGUCUCAGAUGAGCGACCCUGGCAGGGUGAAGAUGGCAGGUGCUGGGUAGGGGCCCCACAGGGCCUGGCCCAGGGGACGCAGUGAUGUCAGCUGCCUGCCCCACCCCACUGGCCAGGUUAUGUAAUGGCUUCCCUGGGCUUCCUUGGGCAGGGACCUGUUGCCCAGUGGAGAAGGCAGGUCGGUCUGUGUGUGUGUGUGUGUAUGUGUAUGUGUGUGGUGUGUACACACAUGCUGAGCGUCAAGAUGGGAGGAGCAAGUGGGGACUGCUUGGGAAAAAUUCGCAGUCCUGUCCAGCCAGUGUCCCCGGCCAUUCACCCACCCCUGCUUGAAUGCCUGCCACUACAUUUUCCCCUAGGGCAGCGGCUGCCCUCAGAGUGUCCAGGGCUGGGCGGGACAUGGGUGAACCUGAGACAUCUCUGACAGUGGGCUUUCCCCUCCUGGGGCUGGACAUGAGCCGAGGCCAGGUCAGCACACGGGACUAAGCAAGGCAGCCAAAGCAAACCCAAACUUUCUGGAUGGUUCCAGCAGCCUCCUGCCAAGGCCUGCUGACUCUCGUCCUGCAGCCAGUUCCAGGGAGAGCUGGGCUGAGACUACCCGUGCUUGGGACCAUGAGCUGGCCUCUGUGCAUGGUCACCAGACAGCCCCACUCCGAGGUGGACUGAGGGGCCAAGAGAGGUCCCCCUCCAGGUGGCCUGGGUCUGGUGGAGGACCCCAAGACCAACCCCUCCCAUGACCCCCACCAUGCACAGUUGCUCCCUUGAGUCAGGGCCACCUCUCCUGAGAUACCCUUCCUGUCCCAUCAGGACAUAUGCAAGCAUGGUGGGUUUAUUUUCCACCUUUUAAGAUGGGAAAGUGGAGGUUCCCAGACAGCAGGGUUUGCCUGGAGUCCUUCUGUGGGCAUGGGAGUGGUGGUACCCAGUGCCUGUUGACAGCAGAUCUGUCCAUUCACCAUGGUUGCUGUGGCCACUCCAUCUGUCUCCACUUUUCUGAGUUGGAGGCUAUGACAGGCAUGUGGGAACAGUGACCAGAUAAAGCCACGCCCAGACUGGGCCCUGAGGUUCUUGAGUCCUUUUACCUGGGGGCAGGUCACUAGGUCAAGGUCAGAGAGUAAGUAGAGCCCUGGCUAGCUUUUGAUUCUAGUAACCUCCCUUGUGUGGUGGCUGCUCUUGGCUAUGCAGGCCCUGUAGAUCGGGACCCUUAUUGGAGCUGAGGGUGCUUGCUUCCUUGUGGGGCUACCUGGAGGGCCCCUUCCUCUCCAGCCUCCUAGCAACUAUCUGACUGGGGCAUAGUGGGCAGCAGGCUGGGAGGGCAGCCUGGUUCUCAGACCCUCCUAUUCUCUGGCUGCCACCUGCCCCUCUGCCAGGCUGGCUUCCUGGGCUCCAGGCUGCAGGCAUCUGUGGGGGUCCUCUGCACAGGGCCCUCAUGGUUUCCCUAGGGCUCUCCUGGGGUGGCUUCUCUGCUGGCCCAUCUAUCAGAGCCCUGUCCCACUUUGUCUGGGGCCCAGAGAGGGCCAGCAACUUGGCCCCAGGGCCCAGCAUCCUUGCUGAGACUAGGACUACACUGCACCUGUAGGCCCUCUCGCCUGCUAGGGCCCUCCUGGCUGGAGGAGGCUGACCUGGAAAUUAGAGCUCAGUUAUGAGAUGAAUCUGGCCUGGACCUCUCCUGCUAGGGACCCUCCCCUGACUGGAUCACACCUAUUCUGCAGAAAUGUACUUGUGCCAACCAUCUUCUGUCUAGAGGCCAGGAAAGGUCUGUUGGACCUCUGGCUUCCUGCACCCUGUUGAGGUUCUCAUACCCUCCCUGCAGUCCCAGGGCUCCCUUGUCUUUUAUCCAAGCUCCUUUCUGUUGAGUGGGGCAGUCCUGAAUUCAAAUCCUGCUGGCCACAGCUCCCCUGAGGGAGGUACUUCUUAGUUGGGUACCACAGCCUGUGAAGGGAUCCCUCCAGGGUGUCUGGACUGAAACUAGACCAUGCAGGCUGUGCCCGGGCAGGGCCUGGCACAUUCAUGGGUGUCUCUGCCAUGCACCCCUAGGGACCAGGCAGAGGUGUGACUAAACACUGGCCACCAGGUACAGAGUCACAUGCUGAGGUGAUCACUGCUUUGGGGACUGGAAGCAUGAAUUCAGGGCUGGCCCUCAGAAGAUAUGGAGGCUUCAGCUAUACGGAGCUGGGGGUGGCUAUUCUGGGCAGUCUCCAGGUAGAGUGGGGGUAAGGGGGUCGACAGGAGGCCUAGGUGUGCAGGUGGGUCUGAGACUUGUGCAGGCAGGAGGCAGGGCUAACAGAGACUGAAUUCAUGCCCCCUCUACCCACCAUACAGGGUAGGGAAGGAGAUGGGGAAACUGAGGCUUGGGAAGGGCUAAGCUGGCCUGAGACAGCCCAGCAGGUUGUGGGAAAGCAGGCAUGGCUGCCCAGGCUGGGAGCCCCACCCAGUGAGUCACCUCCCUGUGCUGCUCUGCUGCCUUUGAUCCCCAGAGGUCAGCCGGGCUGUCCCCAUUCUGCAGAUGAGCAAACCGAGGCAUGAGAUGUGGCUUGGGCCCCACAGUGACUCAGCCCUGGCAUCAGAGGGGCAGAACCCUUUCGACCUGGCCUUCUCCCUAGACCAGGCCCACCUAGGGGACCGUGAGGACUCUGACUUCAGCCUGCAGUGCGAGACCCGCCCUGACAUGCCUGCCAGCCAACCCAUCGACAUCCCAGAUGCCAAGAAGAGAGGCAAGAAGAAGAAGCGGGGACGAGCUACUGACAGCUUCUCGGGCAGGUUUGAAGAUGUCUACCAGCUGCAGGAGGAUGUGCUCGGGGAAGGUGCCCAUGCCCGUGUGCAGACCUGCGUCAACCUCAUCACCAACCAGGAGUAUGCUGUCAAGAUCAUUGAGAAGCAACCAGGCCACAUUCGGAGCAGGGUUUUCCGGGAGGUGGAGAUGCUAUAUCAGUGCCAGGGACACAGGAAUGUUCUAGAGCUGAUUGAGUUCUUUGAGGAGGAGGACCGUUUCUACCUAGUGUUUGAGAAGAUGCGGGGUGGCUCUAUCCUGAGUCACAUUCACAAGCGGAGGCACUUUAAUGAGCUAGAGGCCAGUGUGGUGGUGCAGGAUGUGGCCAGUGCCCUGGACUUCCUACAUAACAAAGGCAUUGCCCAUAGGGACCUAAAGCCGGAAAACAUCCUCUGUGAGCACCCCAACCAGGUGUCUCCUGUUAAGAUCUGCGACUUUGAUCUGGGCAGCGGCAUCAAGCUCAAUGGAGACUGCUCCCCCAUCUCUACGCCGGAGUUGCUAACCCCGUGCGGCUCGGCAGAGUACAUGGCCCCAGAAGUGGUGGAGGCCUUCAGCGAGGAGGCUAGCAUCUAUGACAAGCGCUGCGACCUGUGGAGCCUGGGCGUCAUCCUGUACAUCCUGCUCAGCGGCUACCCACCCUUCGUGGGCCACUGUGGCAGUGACUGCGGCUGGGACCGCGGCGAGGCCUGCCCUGCAUGCCAGAAUAUGCUGUUCGAGAGCAUCCAGGAGGGCAAGUAUGAGUUCCCUGAUAAGGACUGGGCCCACAUCUCCUUUGCCGCCAAAGACCUCAUCUCUAAGCUGCUCGUCCGUGACGCCAAGCAGCGGCUGAGCGCUGCCCAAGUCCUGCAGCACCCCUGGGUGCAGGGGUGCGCCCCGGAGAACACCCUGCCCACACCCAUGGUCCUGCAGAGGAACAGCUGUGCCAAAGACCUCACGUCCUUCGCGGCUGAGGCCAUUGCCAUGAACCGGCAGCUGGCCCAACGUGAAGAGGACUUGGCAGAGGAGGAGGCCGCGGGGCAGGGCCAGCCCGUCCUCGUCCGAGCUACCUCACGCUGCCUACAGCUGUCCCCACCCUCAGAGUCCAAGCUGGCCCAGCGGAGGCAGAGAGCCAGCUUGUCUACUGCACCCGUGGUCCUCGUGGGAGACCGCGCCUGACGCCCUCCCACCUUCCCUCUGUACAUAGGUGCCCCCUCAUCUAAACUUUUUUUUUAAGCUAUUGGGAGCUGCUCCCCUUGGCUGCAUUCCCAGGCAUUAAGCCCAGCUGAGGGGCUGGGUUUUUUUUUUUUUUUUAUAGGUUUUUGCUUUGGGGUUUUUUUUCCC